GAGGAAGACAAGGAAACUAAGGGGCACGUCAGUCAUGGUCAUGGACGUAUUGGCAAACACAGGAAACAUCCAGGAGGCCGUGGAAAUGCUGGUGGUAUGCACCACCAUAGAAUUAACUUUGACAAAUACCACCCUGGUUAUUUUGGAAAGGUUGGUAUGAGACAUUACCACUUGAAAAAGAACCAACACUUCUGCCCGACAGUGAAUCUGGAUAAGCUCUGGACGCUUGUUAGUGAGCAGACAAGGCUGAAUUAUGCUAAAAAUCCAGCAGGACUAGCUCCAGUUAUUGAUGUUGUACGCUCUGUAAGUGGUGGUAUCUGUUUUUUGAAAAUUCCUAUUAUGUUUGCCCAUUCCAGUACAUGAACAGCUUACAUUAAA